CUUUGGUUCUCCGCCCGAGCACAGAACUCUCAGUUCUUACUUGCGAUUCCACAGUCAACCUCUGGACAUCCACCUGCGAGGUACUCUGGAGUGGACCUAAGGAUUAUCACUUUCCAGUGAUAAGGUUUACCUUCAAAGAUCCUAGGACCAUGAAGAUCAGACAAGUAUCUUCCAUGAUGUUGAGAACCUGUGGAUUAAUAUUUCUUGUGAUUGGGAGCAACCACGUGUAUGCGACGAAUAAAUGUGAGGGCAAUGGUCUCGGAUUAAAAUAUGUAUGGGGAGAUGCCCUCACUGAUUCGAGUGAUUGCAUAGGACCAAACGAUCUGCAAUAUCCCUCUGCAGCAAUUGCGAGAAGUUACAAAAAUCUUUGGACAGGAAAUAGCAGAACUGGAAGAUCGUAUCAGCCAAGAACAAUUGACCCUGAGUUGACGAGACAAGCCCUUCUAAGAAAUUACAAAGCUGUUCAGGGCGAUUACAGUAUUUCCGCAAAUUCUAGAUCUGCUCGUGCAUUUUCAACAAAAGAAACUUGCGGAUCGCCAGCUAGAUUAUGUAAAACCAGAUACAACACAACAGCACCAAUGUAUGGUGUCAGUUUGACCAGCGGACAACCCGUAACGAUCGUUCAAAAAUUCCCAGACCUUCUUCAACAAGUCGUUUUUGAAGUUUGCGAAUCAAAGGAAUGCGACCUGAUCCGCGGGGAGUGCACACAAACAUAUGUGCCAUAUCUUUUUUUGGUUAUUCCAUUGGGCCCCGUAACACUAACUGGCCAGGAUUACGUUCUAGUUGAAAGCGGUUGCGUCUGCAAACCAAAAAAUUCAGUUAAUCCAGUCACCGAUCCACCAGUUGUGCCUAGUUUUUAACAAUCAAAAAGAAGGAAAAUAUAAAGGAAAUUCGUUUUGCCACAAACGUGAAAAGGAAACUUCUGCUGAUCCUUUUAGUACUAAACCUUUUAUUUAUUGGAAUGUUUUUUUAAUUUUGAAACGAUCCGAAUUUGACAACUUCUCGAAAAGCGUUUUUAAAAGAAUAUUCAAUCUUUGAAAAACAUGCCUAAUUUGGAGAAAGUUUCAAAUUCAGAAACGCUUCAAAUUAAUUUAAUUUUCAUUUAAAAGCCCUAAAAUGUAAGACGGGCUAAGAGUCAAGGAAGUAUUAUUAAGUUUUUCGUCAUAAAUUCCUUCCUCUCGAGACUGACAUUUUUGUUAGUACUUUUUGGACCACGGAAGAUGAAUCCUGGAGCCAGAAGCGAAUAGGUUUCGUCCUGAAGGCAAGGGGGCGCGCGCCAGGAUAAGAAGAAAAAGAAAAAUUGUCAAGAAUCAAGAAGUGAAGCAAGAAGCUCUGGGGUUUCGUAGAAUCCGGUCUUGGAAUUCGAUCAAGUUCACGAGACUUGAUAGUUUAAACUCGACUCGUUCGCAUUUGAGCCGGUUUCGAUCAAAUGCCCUGACUCGUGGGGCUGAGGUGUUCCUCGAUAAUCCCCUUGAUAGCUCUAUGAGUCCGUUUUAUGUCAGCUUAUUAAAUGCACUUGAAAUCUCGUGCACGUGUUGAGUUUUUUUAAAUCUUGAGUCUGAGUGAAAAUUGCUCAUCGCUCUUGUAUGCAAGAUCUCGAGAGACGAGAUCUCUCAAUCCUCAGCUCAUUUUUAUUUAUAUUCUUCAUUUCAUUUUCAAUUUACAAUUUGCAUGUUUAAAUUGAGUUCACUCUUUAAAGGGUCUCAUUGAAAAGGGCUUAAAAACGAUUUCAAUUUGGAGGAAUUUACAUUUGGAAAUUUUGAAGUUUACGAGCAUCCUGGAAGCAACAUGUUUAAUUUUGAUUGUAUUUCUUAUUUGAGUUAGUAAACUAACACCAUUCUGUGAAGGUGAUUUUUGAAAAAUAUGAGUUUAAUCAUUUAUUCAAUUUUUUAGUUCUCAAUGCAUUCUAAAAAACAAAGGAUUUGAAUAAUUUCAUUUAAAAGGGUCAGAAUUUAAAGAGAACAAAAAAAAAACUAAAAUAUUUCAAAUUUCAAAAGGUUCAAUUGAAGGAAUUUAAACACACUAUCUUAAUUUGAAUCAGUGAGAUUUCUCAAUGAUCUCAAUUAAUGAACGAAUUCGAGAUAUUUGAAUUUGAAAGAGAACAAUUUUGAUUUAAAAGGCUCAAAUUUUGAUGUGCUCAAAUACUGGAGGAGCCACAUUUGUAGUGUUCAAAUUGAACCCAAUUCUAAUUUGGAUGCGCCUAAAUUUGAGAAGGUUCAAAUAGAGUUUGAAGUUAAUUUUUGUUUGGAAGUGUUCACAUUUUGGAAGUGAAAAAUUUGUUAUCGUUUAAUUUGAACUCAAUUCGAAUUUAGUAACGUUCAAUUUUCAGAGAUGCCAAUUUGUGUGUUGAUGUUUAAUUUGUAGACAAUUCUAAAAAUUUCUUAAAUUUGGACGCGUUUUAAAAUGUAUUCGAAUUAUGAGGCAAUCUAAAAUACAAUUUCAAUUUUAAAAGUAUUAUAACUUAAAAAAUGCUUGUUCUUAAAGUCAUUAUAUUGGGAAAUUUGUUAAUUUGGAAGUCUAAAUUAAAGUCUUCUUCUUCUUUAAAUCCGUUCAAAAUUUGAAAAUGAAACUUUUCUAUUUAAAAAUGAUUCUAAUUUCAAAGCAGAUUUCAAUUACUUUAUUUAUAUUUUAUUUUUAUGUGAGACGACCGAAAUUUUGCAACUUUAAAAUUAAAAAAAGAUUAAAUUGAAAGGGUUCAAAUUUAAAUACAUAUACAAAUGUGAAAUCGUUCAAUAAUAUUGUAUGCGUUUAAAAAUUCGCAAGUAUUUUAAUUUGAAGCGUUCAAUUUGGAAAUGGUAAACUGUAUAACAAUUUACAUUUAAUAUUUACCCAAAUUAUAAAUUGUUCAAAGAAUUUAAAUUUCAUGCUAAAAUUGGAAACUAUUCGAAUUCCGAAAUGUCUAAAUUUUUAAUAAUCCAAAUUUGGAAACACCGAUUUAUAAACUAAAUAAUUCAAAUUUAAAAGUGCAAUUUUGAAUGCCUUCAAAUUGAAAAGCAUAAAAUUUGAGAAAUUCUUUAAGCCCAAAUAUGUCAUUGAAAAAUAAAUAAAAGAUUUAAUAGUAAUAUUUAGAAAUUUCAGAGGAUUUUCGGGAUCUUGUACAAAACUUGUGUAGAUAAAAUGUGUAUAGGGGAAGGGGGGAUAGGAUCAAAUGUAUCCUGAUAUAGACUAAUAAAAUGAAUAUUUAAUUUCCAUAAAUAAAUAAGCAAAUGAUUAAUUUAAUGACAUUAGUUACAAUCUGAAAGCAAUAUUUAAAUUAUUAUGUAGAUAAAGGUUUCGUAGUUUAGAACUUUUAUAAUUACUGAAACCUAAUGAAAAAAAUAUAUAAUAAAGAUAGAUCCUGUUUGGAUAUUAAAAACAUUAUUUUUGACAUGUUAUAAAAAACCUUCGUGAAUUUAUGCAAGCUGAUUGUUCUUAAAUAUUUUUUAUGUGAGAGUAAAGACACGACAUUGUAUAAAUAUUGUUAAGGUAAUGGAAUAUGGAAAUAGAAAAGAAAGUAUGCGUUCUUUAAGUGAUAAUAAUUAUUAUCUUCAGCGAAUCAUUGAAGUGUUACUAGCUAAAAUCAAACAUCGAGUAAAAAAAAUUGUAUUUUUAUUUUUUAAGUCGAUUUUAGAGAAUAGGGUCAUUCGAAUUAAGAAAAGUAAUAAAAAGUAUGUCGAUGUGCCUUGGUAUGUAUUUUACCCUGUAUAUAGAACUGAUGUAUUUUUUACGAAAUGAUUGAUAAUAAAUUAACAGUAAAUUAAUA